AGGACAUCCUACGAAUGGUAUAUUCCAAAAGGAAUCCUGAAGACUGGUUGGAUGAACAAACACCUGAAUUUGGUUCCAGCGCUUGUUGUGGUGUUCUAUGAACUAGACUGGGAUGAGCCACAGUGGAAAGAAAAACAGUCGGAAUGUGCUACUCGAGUUGAAAUUGUCAGGCAAAGUUUGCAGGGAAGAAAUACGAAAGUUGCUGUGGUUUUGAUUCAGAAAAAAACACCAUUACCUCCAGGGGAAGAUGUUAUUGCAUCAGAGAGGGCAGCGGCUUUAUGUAAUGCCUGUGACCUUUCUGGAAAAUCCCUCUUCGUACUUCCACACACUGAUCACCUUGUUGGUUAUAUUAUAAGGUUGGAAAACGCUUUCUAUGAGCAUGCACAGACUUACUAUUACACAGAAAUACGAAGAGUUAAAUCUCAUAAGGAGUUCUUGAACAAAACCACUCAUCAGCUUUUAUUUGUCAGACACCAGUUCAAAAUAGCGUUCUUCAGUGAGCUGAAACAGGAUACCCAGAAUGCUCUCAAAAAUUACAGAACUGCCUAUAAUCUUGUGCAUGAAUUGAGGGCUCACGAAACAAACAUGCUGGAAAUCAAGACCAUGGCAGGAUUCAUAAACUACAAGAUCUGUCGCCUCUGUUUCCAGCAUAAUACUCCACUGGAUGCAAUUGCUCAGUUCAGAAAACACAUUGACUUGUGCAAGAAAAAAAUAGGCAGUGCAGAACUGGCCUUUGAGCACGCUGCCUGGAUGUCCAAACAGUUUCAGGCUUUUGGUGACUUGUUUGAUGAAGCGAUUAAGCUGGGAUUGACAGCAAUUCAAACUCAGAAUCCAGGUUUCUAUUACCAGCAGGCAGCCUACUAUGCACAGGAACGGAAACAACUAGCAAGUAUGCUUUGUAACCAUGAUUCCUCUGUGGUAUAUCCCAGUCCGGAUCCCCUGGAAACGCAAACUGGAGUGCUUGACUUCUAUGGGCAAAGACCAUGGCGGCAGGGAAUAUUAAGCUUUGAUCUUUCUGAUCCUGAAAAGGAAAAGAUGGGGAUUCUAGCCCUACAGUUGAAAGAGAAGAAUGUCCUUCACUCGGAGCUAAUAAUCACCUUGCUGAGUAAUGCUGUUGCACAGUUCAAGAAAUACAAAUGCCCAAGAAUGAAAAGUCAUUUGAUGGUUCAAAUGGGAGAAGAAUAUUACUACGCUAAAGAUUAUGCCAAAGCUUUGAAGCUCUUGGAUUAUGUUAUGUGUGAAUAUCGCAGUGAAGGAUGGUGGACUCUUCUCACUUCCAUCUUGACGACAGCUCUCAAAUGUUCCUAUCUGAUGGCUCAGCUGAAAGACUAUAUAACGUACUCUUUAGAGCUACUGGGCAGAGCAUCUACUCUGAAAGAUGACCAGAAAUCUCGAAUAGAAAAGAAUCUGAUAAAAGUUCUAAUGAAUGAAAGCCCUGAUCCUGAACCCGAUUGCGACACUGCUGCUGUGAAAGCAUCACAGAAACUCUGGGCUGACCGUGUUUCCUUGGCAGGCAGUAAUGUUUUUACAAUAGAAGUCCAAGAUUUUAUACCGUUUGUGCAGUGCAAAGCAAAAUUUCUUGCUCCUAGUUUUCAUGUUGAUGUUCCUGUGCAGUUUGACGUAUACUUGAGAGCUGACUGUCCUCAUCCUAUCAGGUUUUCUAAGCUCUGCAUCAGUUUCAAUAAUCAGGUAACUGUGUUCUAUCUAUCUCUGACCUAGUGAUAGAAGCUUAUCAUAAGAAUAAUAUCUACUAG